GCCUAAGAUCAUACUUCUUUUUGCCCUGGACAUUUUGUCUCGCAGCUGUUCCAAUUGGAGGAUUCGUGGUAUGAACCAGAACUAAUUUAACUAUAUUGCCCAUAUAAAUCAACAUUUAGCUUCUGGAAACAACCGCGCGUCAACCAAGAGGCUUAGUUCGGGCAAAGGUUACAACCCUGAGACCAUCUGCCCAGGUUGUUUCCCAGGGUUUCCAACAUUUGACAUGAACAAAGACACAGACGCCAGGUUUCUCCAAUGUGAAAGAAACCAAGAGCAAGAGCAAUUGCCGGAAGAUAUAAUUGCACAAAACAAACAAUGAUAGAGUCUAUUUCCACAACUCAUUUGGGAUGUUGUUCCUUUUAGAGAGCUGGUGGGAAGUGCCUUGUGAUGGUGGAGAGGGAGAGAUCUAUCUAUAUCAGGUGUUUUGAAACAACAGCUUAUGUGCUCAACAAUAAUGGCCUCAUCCGUUGCGUCGGACAGCUCUUCCUCCUCCCCCACAAGCUCUCCUCUCGGAUACCUACGUGUGUGGCAGAGAGGCAUGUCCCUGCCAGACCCCGUUGGAAAAAUCUACAUUUACGCGAAUAAGGAACUCAUAAUUGGCCGCAAUUACAAGUCAUGCGACGCGGUAAUCGCAGGGGAUAUGUCAAUUUCCAACAAACAUCUGCGGAUCUACAGUAUCAUUUUUGACAAAGAAAAUCCGGGUGAGGUUGGGCCCCUGGUGUACGCGCAGAGCUUAUCUCGAUAUGGAACCAUGUGGAAAUCAUUAGAAAUGACGAAGGAAGAUCCUGCGAUACUGUUGAGUGACAAUGAUGAGCUGAAACUGUCCGAUCUCACUGUCCUCUCGUUUCAUUCGAAGGGAGACGGGAGGACACCCUUCAGUGAAGCACAACUGAGGGAGAUGAGGCAUUUCGAAGAGAGAUAUAAAAUCUCAAAUAGGCUGCUGGGGUGUGGCGCAUACGGGAGAGUCUAUAUGGCCGUAAACAUGGAACACAAGAAGCAGCUUGCUUGCAAAAUUAUCGACAUUGGAAACUGGAAGAAACGGCUCCAUCUCAUUAAAUGGAGGAAGCGUACUGAAUUGCGGGCCCCCCGUCCUGCCGCUGAGGUCGAUGUCCAGGAGGAGGCGGAGAAAGUCAAAUACUGGGCUGAAAGGAGACAGGAGGCCUUGGCCAUCGAGGCAAAGCUUCGAGUUUAUGAACGGGAAGUAGAUAUUUUGAAAGAUCUGGAUCACCCGAAUAUCAUAAGACUCGAACAAGUGAUCAGGGGCGAGAACACGAUGUAUAUCUUCCAGGAGCUAGUUACUGCAGGAGACCUAUUUUCAUUUCUCGAGUACAAAGAGUUUAACCUAUCUGAUUCGGAGACUGCGGUAAUAGUGCGCCAAGUGGCCCUCGCCAUACGCUAUCUUCACAAGAACAACAUUGUGCAUCGCGAUAUCAAACCUGAUAACAUUCUGAUGACGUCGCUUUCAGACGGUGCACGUGUCGUCCUGACAGAUUUUGGCUGUGCGCGGCGUCUUGAGAAAGAGAGCUGUCGGAUGAAGACUUCAAUCGGUACAUUUGAAUAUACUGCACCUGAGGUACCACCAUCAGCAUCCUCGGGCAAAGGAAGAGGAUACACAAAGGCAGUCGACAUGUGGUCAUUAGGCUGUCUUACAGUCGUCCUGCUAACCGGAGGAUCACCAUUCAUCGAUGUCAAAACAGGCCAGUAUUCCCAAGCCAUGGCCCGCAACUGCGACCUCAGCACCCUCGAGCAGGAGAAGGACUGGCAGCGCGUCGGCCUAAGAGCAAAAGAUUUCGUCCGCAAACUCCUCAUCCUAGACGAAGAUGCGCGCAUGACGGCCGACCAAGCCGUUUCCCACGAGUGGUUCACCAACCCGGCAUACAAAGCGGAGUUUGAAGAGCUGUACAAGCGGGUCGAGAAGCAGUGGAGACCCAAAGAGCGCGAGGUAAUAUCCGGCAAAAACAUCGAUGAUCGCCUGGGGCCCGGCAGUCUCUCGCUGUGGAAAAAGACGAGAGAGACGCCGCUGGAGUGGCCGUAUAUACCAUAUCCGCUCAUGGUUCAUCACAUUCUUUACCCGCAGGAGAGGGCUGCGUCUAAAAAUCGGGUGGGGGAGAAAUUACGGUUUGUGGAUACGGCGAGGCAGCGGAGGAUUUAUCCCUGCGAGGAUAGCGGGCAAUGCGUACCGGAGCGCGCUGGUUCAACUACAAGUUCAGAGAUGAAAGUAAGAGGGGAUGUGGAUAUGAAUGGGUCUGAGGCUGGGGCUGGGGAUGAGAAGGUAGAAACGCAAUCGAAGGACAUGGACUCUGCAGCAGCAAAAGGAGAUUACCCUAAGCCGACAGUCUCUAAUAACUACGAUAAAGAAAACAAUGGAUCCCGCCUCCGCAUGCCCUUCAGUCCAGAUGCAUGGAGGAGCGAUGAGCCCAAGGACACCCCUGAGCAGCAACGGCAGCAGCAGCGGUGGCAACACCAGCUACCCGAGCCCAUCUCAAUCUUGACCCGAAGC